AUGUCUCGAUCUCACCAACCACGGCUUUCCAGCGCCAUCGUCAUUGCCCUCCUCUGCAUCAACUCCUCCAUAGCCAGUCCAGUCGCAAACGCCGACCGCUCCCACGUUUCCAUCAUCGGCGCAUCCGAGCCCGUACACAUCAUACUCUCUGAAGACCUCCCUCCAGAGCGAUCUUCCCUUAAUGGUGGCAGCACCAUGGUCAAUGACGGCACAACCGUAACUACUUCUUUCAAAAACCGCAGAAACCUAGCGCAGAGGAGAGACUCGCUCUCCAUCGUCUCUGUGUCCGAGCCCGUACACUUUAUCCCCAUUGAAGACCUGCCACCAGAGCGACCUUUUCCCAAUGGUGGCAGCACCACGGUCAAUGACGGCACAACGGUUACUACUACUUUCAACGACCGCAGAGACAUGGUGCGGAGAAGAAAUUCCGUCUCCAUCGCAUCUGCAUCGGAGCCCGUAUACGUCAUCCCCACUGAAGAAAUACCUCCUGGCCACAUUUCUAACAGUGGCAGCAGCAGCACCACCAAUGACGGCACGACCGUAACUACUACAUACACAACACCCCCGAACCUCUUGCAGACCAAAUCCAAUGUCACGGGCAGUGUCAAUCUUAUCAAUGUGAGAAACCUGACUUCUCCAGUCUCAGAGAUAGACAUGGGCUUGAACUGCGAAGGCAGCGUAAUCAUGUGCAUCGGCUCUGCCCAAAUGGGUGUCAUGCACACCCUGCGCGACUACACGUACGCCAUCCCAACUGGGUACCGUUACUAUGCUGGGCAAGAUAUCGCCUGCAUGAAGCACAAUGUCUACCCGAACCCUUGGAUUACCUGGGGCUUCUACUGCAUUUUCAUGCAGGGGAACAUACCGGCGGCGGGGGUGGACGGUGCGUUGAUCCAGUUGAAAAUGCAGCAAAUGAUUGAGCAUCACUGUCUGGGGUGCGGUAGCGUGCCGUUUAGCGACGAUAAUGACCCAAGGACCUUGGGGAUCUUGACGGUCAACUAUGUCCGUCAGAGCGAGUGCGAGGGAUUGUGCUAUUAUAGACCUCCUGGGAUUGCCGCGAAUGCGGCUGUGAAAGUUCCGCAAGGUAUGACUCUGGUUUCAUAG